AUGAUGGGGCAUCCAAGGUCAGUCAGCAAGGCUUCGAGUAUUAUUUCUGCUCGUCGGCUCGUGAAACUUUCGACGCGUCAAGCAUUUCAUAGCUACCAUCCUAAUCUCAAGCCAAGCUUGGAGCCGCGCCUCGAAGACGACGGCCAUGUGAUUAUUGACGAUAAAUACUCCGUGCUCCGAGACAAGUAUGAUGCACCCAAAAAUCCUAUUGUUCUCGCCCACGGCCUCCUCGGGUUUGAUGAGUUACGCCUGGCAGGUCCCUACCUACCGGGAGUCCAGUAUUGGCGCGGGAUCAAAGAAGCUCUGUCAGCCCGAGGAGUCGAGGUCAUUACUGCUACAGUGCCACCGUCUUCAUCUAUUGAGGAGCGAGCGGAGCAAUUGGCCCAAGAGAUCGAAGCUGGCGCGCGAGGAAAAAGCGUGAACAUCAUUGCGCAUAGUAUGGGUGGCCUGGACUCUCGAUACAUGAUCAGUCGUCUCAAGCAUGAUAAGUUCAAAGUGUCGUCACUGACCACCAUUGCAACUCCACAUCGAGGUUCGGCAGUGGCAGACUAUGUGUUUGAACAGAUUGGACCCGAUCGUCUGCCCCAAAUAUACUACACGCUCAACAAGCUGAAUGUCCAAACGGGAGCUUUCGCUCAGCUCACCAGGAAAUACAUGACUGAAACCUUUAAUCCAAACACACCUGAUGCAGAAGAUGUUCGGUAUUUCUCAUACGGUGCCGUGGUAAAGCCUCAUAUCUGGUCUGUCUUCCGACUUUCUCACCAGAUCCUGACAGAGGCUGAGGGACCCAAUGAUGGACUUGUUAGCAUGGCCAGUAGUCGCUGGGGAGGACAAGACGGCUACAAGGGAACCCUGAUGGGUGUCAGUCACCUUGAUCUUAUUAAUUGGACCAAUCGGCUGAAAUGGAUCAUGGGUCGACAGAAAUUCAAUGCCAUUGCAUUUUAUCUGGACAUCGCAGACGUCAUUCCGCCCGAACCUAACUUACGCCUUCUUCCCCCCACAUCCGUCCUUUGCCCUCUCGUCGACCCCUUCAGCCCUACCGAGAAACAGUUUCGCAAACGAAAGAUUAAUACUGUCUAUAUCUCUACAUUGUUUCGAGGGUGGAUCAGGCCCCAGGCGCUUGCCGCCAUGUCCGCUUCAGCUACAAUCCUGCUGGAUAGCCAGCACACACACUAUACCAAUCUCGACUAUCUAUCGGGAAAAGUCGUUGUACAGCUCUUUUCCGAAACAGCUAUCGGUGGGAUUCAAGUCAAGCUGGAGGGCGAGAGUCGUACAAGGCUGUCGGGCCCUCGAAAUCCACAGAAUGGACACUCAGAGAAGAAGCGGACGGAAUUAGAGGUUCAUAAGAUCUUGUACAAGGUCGCGACCGUCUUUCCUACAGCGGCCGUAAUGCAGACUGGGGCGCCAGCAACAUCUUACACCUUCGCCCCGGGGAUUUAUGAAUAUCCUUUCCAAUUCAAGUUCCCUUUCAAUAAUUCCUGCAGCAGCCACAACAGCAUGCUCACCAAUCUCAAAUUGACUGGGCUCAAGGUCGAAAUAGCACGCGAUACCAAUCGCCAUGUCAAGAAAACCCUCCCUCCGUCCUUGAGUAACUUCCCUGAUGAAGCAGAUAUCAAUUAUUUCGUCAAAGCCACAAUCAUCAGACCACAGUUCUACAAAGAGAAUAUUCGAUCGUUUGUACCUAUAAAGUUCCUUCCCAUCGAACCUCCAAGAACCGGAAAUCCCAAUGAGGAAACUUUUGCCAGGCGACAGCAUCAAUUUUCGCAAGGAAAGAAUGGAUCAUUGAAGAAAAGUAUCUUCUCGCGCACAUCUCGCGAUGGCUACCCACAGGCCCCGCGCGUAUCGGUGGAUGCCCGACUCCCAAAUCCUUCUAUCCUCACAUGCAAUGAGCCCGUUCCGCUCCGUCUGAUUGCAAAGAAGAUGACCGAUACAUCAGACAUGAUGUUCCUGCAAAUGCUGCAGAUUGAACUUAUUGCAUCUACCAAGGUCAUUGCCCAUGAUCUGACCCGUGUAAGAACUGGUUCCACGGUUAUUUUGAGCCUCAGCAAUAUGAGUAUGCCUCUGGGUAAACCUGGAGAUCCUGUUGGUACCGAUUGGACGAUUGAUCCGAAUAUUUGGAACAAGAUACCUCUACCCAACUCGAUCGCACCGUCUUUUGAGACAUGUAAUAUUGAAAGAAGCUAUGAAUUGGAAAUUCGGGUGGGAAUGACCCAUGGUACAAAGCCUCAACUUAUCGUUCUUCCCUUGCGAAUGCCUGUCAAGGUAUAUUCUGGCAUCGCACCCCCGCAGGCUCUCUUAGAUGCGAUUGCAGCUGCAGGACAACCAUCGCGCACUACAUCAACACGUAACAAGCAAUCAACCCAUGACAGCCGGCCUCCUAUGCCGCCACGACCAGUUGGUGCACCAGUACCAGUAGACUCCAACGAUGGAUAUUGUGACGCGCCUCCAAGUUACGAGGACGCCAUGGCAGAAAACUUAAGCCCAGUCGAUGGACCACGUCGCGAGUAUCACCCACUUGACACCUCCUCACGAGGAGCAGCGGAAUCUGGAGCUGAUGCCAAAUCCUCAGCGAAAAAUGAAAGGGCUCGAGAUGAAGGACCUGCAGCAGAAGGCCCCUGGUCCACAGAGACAGAGAGCCGUACGCGUCGUUUUUCAUCCGAGUCAUUUGACAUGCUGCCCACCACUCCACCCGAAUCGAAUUCCGGAUCUCCUCCUAUGUCACCGGCUAGGCCGCGCAGUAUCACCAAGACUCAUCGGAACACUGUGGAAGAGGAAAGUCCCCCGCAGUACCAAUCUGUGGCGGGACCACAGACGGUUGGAAACCUGCAACAUCAGCCUUCGCAGAAUAAUUUGCGUCCCAUGAAUCUGGGAGUGCCUACUCGAAAGCCGGUACAAAGGACCCCCAGAUCUAGUUCAGGUCCCCAGAUCUAG